CCAUGGGUGGGAGGUAGCGCUGCUGCGCCUGGGCGAAGGACACCGAUGGAUGCUGCCGCUCCUUAGGGACGCCUGGCGAGGGACGGGGCUCGGCUGUGCCUGCUCAGCACUUGGCGCUCCAGCGGCGCCGGAGCCAGCGCUCGCAGGAUGCCCGCAGUGAUUUAAAACCGGCGGCCGGGAGCCUGCGGCGAGACAGAGCGGCUGCGGAGCGAUCACCAUGAGGGAGCGGCGCUCCGGGAGCACCUGACUGGAUGGAUGCUUCUGGCUGAGCAGCAGCAUCGCCGCGGAGAGCCCGGAGUGAGCCCCGAGCCGCCGGCGCGGUUGCCGUGGCAAGUUCGCGUUCGUCUGCCGGCGGCAGCGCGGGGACGCGGCGCGGCUCUCCCGGAGCCCCCGGCGCUCGGGGAGUCCCAGGUCGGGGGUCUGCCGGCCGUGCUGGGCAGCUGCAGCCCCUGCGGGGCCGGGGGUCCGCCCGCCGCCCGGCCGGGGCACCGCGGGCGCGAUGCAAGUGUCCAUCGCCUGCACAGACCACAACUUGAAGAGAAAUGGUGAGGACCGGCUCAUCAGCAAGCAGAACACCACGACCCCGAACGUAGUGAAUGCAGCCCGGGCGAAAUUCCGGACAGUGGCUAUUAUCGCUCGCAGUUUGGGGACAUUUACCCCGCAGCACCACAUUUCAUUAAAAGAAUCCACCGCAAAGCAAACGGGCAUGAAAUAUAGGAACCUGGGGAAGUCGGGGCUGCGCGUGUCGUGCCUGGGGCUGGGGACCUGGGUCACCUUUGGAGGCCAGAUCUCAGACGAGGUGGCCGAGCAGCUGAUGACCAUCGCCUACGAGAGCGGCGUGAACCUCUUCGACACGGCCGAGGUGUACGCGGCCGGCAAGGCCGAGGUGAUCCUGGGGAACAUCCUGAAGAAGAAGGGCUGGAGGAGGUCCAGUUUGGUGAUAACCACAAAGCUCUACUGGGGUGGCAAAGCUGAGACGGAGAGAGGCCUGUCCAGAAAACACAUCAUCGAAGGGCUGAAGGCUUCUCUCCAGAGGCUGCAGCUGGAAUAUGUGGACGUGGUCUUUGCCAACCGGCCGGACAACAACACCCCCAUGGAAGAAAUUGUGCGGGCGAUGACACACGUGAUCAACCAGGGCAUGGCCAUGUACUGGGGCACGUCCCGCUGGAGCGCCAUGGAGAUCAUGGAAGCCUACUCCGUGGCCAGGCAGUUCAACAUGAUCCCCCCUGUGUGUGAGCAGGCUGAGUAUCACCUCUUCCAGAGGGAGAAGGUGGAGGUGCAGCUUCCAGAAUUGUAUCACAAGAUCGGGGUGGGAGCAAUGACGUGGUCUCCCCUGGCCUGUGGGAUCAUCUCAGGGAAAUAUGGCAACGGCGUCCCUGAAAGCUCAAGGGCUUCACUCAAGUGCUACCAGUGGCUGAAGGAGAAGAUCAUCAGCGAGGAGGGCAGGAAGCAGCAGGGGAAGCUGAAGGACCUGUCGCCCAUCGCCGAGCGCCUGGGCUGCACGCUGCCACAGCUGGCUGUCGCGUGGUGCCUGAGGAAUGAGGGGGUGAGCUCUGUCCUCCUGGGAUCCUCCAACCCCGAGCAGCUGAUCGAGAACCUCGGCGCCAUCCAGGUCCUUCCAAAGAUGACAUCCCAUAUUGUAAAUGAGAUAGAUAAUAUCCUGGGCAACAAGCCCUACAGCAAGAAGGACUACAGAUCCUAAUGCAAUGCAUGAAUUUCCUGGACUGCAUGGUUUAGAAGUGCUCUGUACUCCAGUACAGCCCCGAAUUACUCUCAUGAGAAUCAUUCAGCACUUGCUGCUCGGUGUCUACUGUCACUGGAUCCUUCGAGAUGUGUGCUCUUGCUACUACUCUGCAGUGAAUUUAAAAGCACAGUUGAUCUCUCUUCUAACCAAGAAUAACCUUGUAUUUUCUUACCUUCUUGACCGAGUUCAUUGAUUUUUACUUUACUCUUUGCACCUCAUGCUUGUGCUGUGACAAACACUUGUAAAGCAAAAAAAAAAAAAAAAAAAAAGAAGAAAUAA